GUCGACGUCGAAGCCGUGUGUCGCCGACUUCGCGACCUAAUCUGGACGCACCCAGGAUACCGGCACUUGGCUACAAUCGCAUCAAUGACUGAUUCACAGAUUCUUGCAAGAUGGGAAAAUAAUCGCAGAGUAGCGGCUGCGGAAGGCACAUGGAUGCACGCCAAGUGCGAGUGUCUCCUCAAUGGUGGGAGUGUGCCAGCACAUUCGCCGGAAGUAUGUAUGUUCCUGAAAUUCCUUCAAGACUUCCAGGCAGAGGGCUGGGUCAUUUAUCGGACUGAGUGGGCGAUCUAUGCACAGGCGGAGGACUUGGCCGGCUCAAUCGAUGCAGUAGCCAAACGCGGCAGUGACUUCUGCAUCCUCGACUGGAAGAGGACUAGGCAACUCGCCUCAAAGGAAAACGGCUUCGGACGUCAUCUUCGUUUUCCACUUGAUGAAAUCCCAGAUUCAGUUCUCUGGCACUAUCGUAUCCAGUUGAAUGUUUACGCGUGGAUUCUCCAUCAAUAUUAUGAUGUUACUGCCAGAGAUUUGCGCGUCGUAUGUCUACAUCCGGACAACGAGUUCACCCCUCUAGUGAUUCAGGUUCCGCUUCUAUCUGAUUGCAUGGACAGAUUCAUGUCUUGGCGACGACAGGACAUGCAGUCUUGUAUGCAACUGACAGAUGCCGCAAAGGAUGAUCUCAGGGCAGGCCAAGAGGGACCCCAUCCGUCGUUUUCUCAGAGUUUGCGAGAUGAACUGGCUCAUGCUGUGACGGCGUCUGCCGAACGAGAUCGAGUUGCGCCGCCAACAGAUGUACGUGGCGGCAGUCAGGCGGAAGGACCGUCUUUCUCGCAGAUGAUAGAUGAGGACAUCCAGCAACUGGAAGGCAGUCUCGUUGAACACACCGUCCCCAUCGAGUCCAGUCAGAAGCGUCAAAGAAUUGCAGAAGCAGGGGACGCAGCUGCACUAGAGUUAGCGGUGAGUCGGUUCAUGCAGACAGAGUUCGAUCCAGCUUUAUUGCAGCCGCACAGCAACGUGACCACUGAGGAGGGCAUAUUGCACCAAAUAUCCGCACUCAGACUAACCCUGCAGGCAUUCCAACCAAGCCAAAACUGGCCCGCUAACUUUCGCUAUAUCGUCGAGGGUGCCCUUGCUGUGCACAGACUGCGCCUCUUGGACAUCAGCCGCCGCGAAGAGGUACUUUUUCUUGAACUGAUCGAGGGAUCAGGUCGAUGCAUUCGAGCGCAUGAUGGGCAGUGUUUUUUUUAUACUGAUCGUGGCCACUGGAGUGCAUACGAAGGAGUCGUGCCCGAGGCAACCCUGGCCCGCUGCAAGAAGUUCCUCAUGCAUCUGGAGGGCUUCUUUGUCCUUCUGGGCAGCAAUGUUCUACGGGACGCCGAUGCCAUUCUGUCGGCCGCCCAGGCACUCCUUGAAAGACACUCGAGCAUGCCGGACUUCCUCUUGGGCGAAUGCGAGAAAGCGGCUAUCUGUCGCUUACCGACUAAGUCUAAAGGAGGAGGCGAAGAAGACCAGGCGGUUGACGGCGGCAAGGGGGAGAUGCCGUGGACCGUAGCGAUGGCCAACACCAUCGGCAAGUUGUACGUGAAACUGCAAACCUCUCUGUUGAACGACACUCUUAUCAAGUACUACAUUGCGUGGUGUUCUUUGGAUGUGAAACGCAAUGGUGGUUUUUGUACGUCGGAUGCCUGCUUCUUGUUUGAUGUGGAUGGUCUCAACGUCGUGGGAAAAAGUGCUACGAACAACAUCUACGUGUUCCUUCCCCACCGCAUAUUGGACCCACUCAGCGAGGCCGUCAAGGAAAGAGUGCAACGAUUCUGGAGAACUACAUACUGGGGGAACGCGGCCGCAUUCGAGGUGUUUCUGGCAUCUCUGACAUUGGCCCUUCGGGGCGAGAAUGUGGACCGCGCCUUCUGGGGAGUCGGCUCCGGCGGCGUCGGCCAAUCUCUGCAGACAGCUCACCUGGAAGCCAUACUCGGGCAGUACCAUUCGUGCCUGGAUAUGAACAUCUACUUCGUGGACGAGGAGAUGCGGAAGCAGGCGGCCAGUCUCGUCGGCAAAAUCGUGGUCACGGGGCAGGAGAGUGUGCAAGGUUCUCGCCGGCCGAUGAGAGAAGAUAUUUACAAGAAGCACAUCUCGGCUGACAAGGUGCCUGAAAGACUUCCGUAUGCUAUACAAACAGCUUUAGUGGAACUUCGCGGGUGGAAGCGGUUCGAGCUGAAUGCCUUGCCCAAGUUCCUCGGUCAGCUAUAG